CUUAUCUCUAUCUCGUCCACCACCAUCUUCCUCCAGCGAAAACUCAUACAGAGCUCACUACUCUCCGCUGCGACUCAGAAAAGACAGUGCAACCAGCAUCCAGGUCAAAAAGCGCAAUGCACAGCGUGCGCCGUGUCGGGCAAAUUCAGGUCCGCCCAAAAUAUGCCGGAAGCAUCUCUCGUCGAUACUCGCAUGUUGCAUCUCCGUAUGGCGCGCUAGGAGAGGGACAUCCUGACUCGCUCCUCGUCUCGCCUCCCUCUCGUCCCGCCUCCCAUACCCCCGUGCCUUCAUCCUACGUCUUCAACUCCAGCGCGCCCAGCAGCACACCCGAGCCCCCACCCGGCGAGGACACACACCUUCCGGACCAGGAAUGGGAGAUCCGCACAGGCCGCGCGAUCUACGUCCUCCAACAGACACUGCCUGACUUUUUCGAGCGCGGGCUCGUCUCCUCGCUUGAGAUCCCGAUCGUAGGGCACGACGCAGGCGGCGGGCAGGGGAAGGCGAAGGAGGGGAAGGAGGAUCCCGACGUGGUGUGCAUAUACAGCCCGAAGGUCAGGCUGGCGUACCGCCCGCCGGUCGCGCUGCCCCCGCCGCUGCCGCGCGUGCUGCAUGUCGAGGGCCUCCAGCUCUACCUUGCGUCGUCGGCGCUCGUGAGGCAUAUGCUCAAGACGCUGUACACGGAUUUGCAUGUCGAGCUGCGGCAGGUGCGCGUACAGGGACCAAAGAAUGGCAGCCCGAAUGCAAGCGCACCCGUGCCGCCGGGUACAGCCCCUAGUGAGACAGAAAAGCCGCGGAGCCUGCGCGAGAAGAGCCUCUUCGUGGGGCUCGCUGUAUCGGGGGUCGCGCGCGUGAGCGGAGCGCGCGGCGGGUGGACGGUGAACUCGACGUACCACUUCUCGCCGACGACGGGACUGAUCAACUUGCACACGAUCGACUCGAUUGAGCCUGCGCCGCAUGUGAGCGUGGUUGAUGCGUUUCGCGCGGCGCUUGCGAAGUUGGGCAUCGGGCCUGAGGGGCGGGCGAGCCCUGGUGCGGGCGCGGCGAGGACGCAGGGGGCGCGAGAGGGGGGAGUGUGAAUUGUGAUGCGGAUUCAGUUUGAGCGUGCGGAUGGACGCGAGGGUAGACGGGACGUCUGUCGUUGAGCUCGUGAGAGGUAUACAAUGCAUUCUGCGUUACAGCACAAGGCGUUAUUCCGUACUGUGUACAAUCUCCACUCCGUACUCUGUGUUCUGAUAUGUCGUUUGGGAUUGUUUUCCACUCAGUUGUACGCUUCGUGUUGUAUCCCACUCCGUAGUUACGAGCGCACUGGAUUGGAUCUGGAGCGGGUGAAGAGUGUCAGACAAAGGCUCAAUAGUUUCAGGCAGCUUAUUUGGAACGAAUGUUGCAUGUUGACGGUCAUACUAUGUAGUAGCUGUGAGGCCGGCCAAAUUCUGUGCUACCUGGAG